UUAAUACCUGAAACGUAAGGCUGCAACACAUCAUCCGCUAGGCAUCUCCGCUUGCGUCGACUUCGCUGGAGCUCCGCCCUGGAGCUCGUUGAAAGACAGCGCAACACUCCAGCUUACCUCGUCUCAACCUCCACACCUUCUUGAUUACGCCCAACGUACGGCUUUGUUAUACUCUACGCUUCCUUUUUUAUUGUGCUACAUAGAUAGACCAACAUGUUCAUCGCGCGAUCAGAAUAUGACCGUGGAAUCAAGUACGGACCCUCUCGAAUUGGCCCCUUCGAACUGCAGAGUGUCUCUACUUUGUGCAUCAUUGCCUAAUGUUAACAUGCAACAGCACCUUCUCUCCGGAGGGGCGUUUAUUUCAGGUCGAAUACUCCCUUGAAGCCAUCAAACUGGGUUCUACGGCCAUCGGUGUCGCAACGUCUGAAGGUGUGAUCCUUGGCGUCGAGAAGCGCGUCACCUCAACCCUCCUGGAAGCUUCGUCCGUCGAGAAAAUUGUCGAAAUAGACCAGCACAUUGGCUGUGCCAUGUCUGGGUUACAGGCUGAUGCGCGAUCCCUUGUCGAGCAUGCCCGUGUCGAAUGCCAGAAUCAUGCCUUUCACUACUCCGAACCCCUUCGGGUAGAUAGCUGCACCCAGGCAAUAUGCGAUUUAGCUUUGCGGUUUGGAGAAAGCGGUGAUGAAGAGGAGAGCGUUAUGAGCAGACCUUUUGGUGUUGCGUUGCUAAUCGCUGGUUACGAUGAAGAUGGCCCUCAACUCUAUCAUGCAGAGCCCUCUGGUACGUUCUACAGGUAUGACGCCAAGGCCAUUGGGUCCGGAAGCGAGGGCGCGCAGGCGGAACUUCAGAACGAGUACCAUCGUUCCCUGACACUAUCCGAGGCGGAGACGCUAGUCCUCAAGACGUUGAAGCAAGUCAUGGAGGAGAAGCUUGAUGCCAAGAAUGUCCAGCUUGCUAGCGUGACCAAGGAGAAGGGAUUCCGGAUCUACAACGAGGAGGAUAUGGGCAGGGCGGUUGCGCAGCUUGACGGAAAUAAUCAAUGAAUGAGCCCUUUAAAGACUCAUGGGAGUGUGGAGGAAAGUAUUACAGGCGAAAUAAUAUCGGUUGUACUUUCUACUCGUCUUCCGAAUGGCCUGGUAUUUUAAUCUAGGUACGAUAGAAAAAGAAAUAGUUUUCAGAGUUUGUCU